AUAUAUAUAUAUAUAUAUAUAUAUAGACACACUCCAUAAAACCAAUACCAAACCCUAUAUAUCUUCACCAUGAAAAUGGAGUUCGAACAUCAUCACCGUCAUCAUCACGAUCAUCUGUCGAGGGACAACCUCAACAGUAGCCAUAAUGCUUUUGUACAUCAAGAGAUCAUGAGUGAUCAUAGUACAAGCAACAUGAGCUCCACCGACGAUGAUGAUCGUCAUGAUUUCAGCAGCAACAGGCUCGAUGAAUCGUUUCAGGUUCUCGACAAGGACUUCCCCAGAAGUAACGAGUCCACUGAGAAGAAGCUCCGCUGGCUCCGCUCUCAAAUCAUCGGCGGGACUGAAGAAUUCGACACCCCGUUCGGGAGGCGCCGCCUCACUUACGCCGAUCACACCGCCUCCGGCCGCUCCCUCCGCUGCAUUGAGAACUAUAUCGCCACCUACUUACUUCCCUAUUAUGGCAAUAGUCACACGAGUGAUAGUUACGUGGGGUAUAGGACGACUAAAAUGGUGCAUGAAGCAUCCAACUACGUGAAGAAAUGCUUAGGUGGUGGAGAAGAUGAUGCCAUCAUAUUCUGCGGGUCGGGCUCGACGGCAGCCAUCAAACGGCUCCAAGAAGUGAUGGGAAUAGCCAUCCGGCAGAGCCUGGCGGAGGUGGUGGAGAUCGGCCUCGACCACCGCGGCUUGAUCGACAUGGAGGAAUUGAGACGAAAACUCGAUUUCUAUAAGGGGAAGAACCGCCCGAUUCUUGGCUCCUUCUCCGCUUGUAGCAAUGUCACCGGAAUUUGUACCAACACUCGCGCCGUUGCCUGCCUCCUCCACCAGGUCGGAGGGCUCGCCUGUUUCGACUUUGCAGCAAGUGGGCCCUACGCGAAGAUCGAUAUGAGAUCAGGCGAAAAUGACGGAUACGAUGCAAUCUUCUUGAGCACACACAAGUUCGUGGGUGGUCCGGGGUCACCGGGGAUACUGCUUAUGAGCAAGGCCCUUUACCGGCUGGGCUCUUCACCGCCGUCAACUUGUGGUGGCGGAACUGUUAAUUUCGUCAAUGGUUAUAACGAGAAGGACACCAUAUACGCAGACAACAUAGAGGAAAGGGAAGACGCAGGAACUCCACCAAUCAUCCAGAAAGUAAGAGCAGAACUGGCUUUCUGGACAAAGGAAUACAUAGGCUACAAACCCAUUGAAAUUCUGGAGAGCAGCUACAUUGCAAGAGCGCUGGAUAGACUUCUCCCCAACCCACACAUUUGGGUUCUAGGGAACACCACUGCCAAGAGACAGGCCAUUUUGUCUUUCCUUGUAUACUCGACCACCUAUUCCUCAUCAUCACACAAGACAGGCCAAGAAGCCAAAGCAGGCCUCGACCUGUGGAGAGAGACCGGAAACACGGUAGAUAAGCCGUUGCACGGCCCUUUCGUGGCCAAACUCCUCAACGACCUAUUCGGCAUCCAGGCCCGUGGAGGCUGUGCUUGUGCAGGGCCUUACGGCCACAGCUUGCUCAACGUCGAUGAGCCCCACUCUCUCGCCUUUAAGUCGGCCAUCGAAAAGGGUUAUAGCGGAAUAAAGCCCGGGUGGACAAGAGUGAGCUUCCCUUUCUACAUGUCGGAGGAAGAAUUUGAGUUCAUUCUUACAGCAAUCGAAUUCGUAGCUAUAUAUGGGCAGAGAUUCCUGCCUUGGUAUCAUUUCAGCUGGAGAAAAGGUACUUGGACUUUCAAGAAAGCCGCAGUCAAAGACAAGUACUACAACAACACUGUGCUGAGGGGAACAACCUUAGCCAGCAUGAUCAAGGAAUUGGAGCUGCAGGAAUAUAAGGAAGAUGAGACGACAGUGAUCGGCAUGGAAGAAGAAUUGUUACGCAAAUACACCAAGUAUUUGGAAACGGCGAAGCGCAUAGCCAGCCUUCUCCCCAAGUUCCCACCACAGAGAAGAGUACCUGAAGAUAUUGACAUUGAUCUUGUGCCCUUUAGGGUUUAAUUAGGUGGCACUAAUCUUGCACAUCCAUUCAUGCUACGGACAAAUAAUGUCUGAAGAAGGCGUGUAUCAUUUGUUCUUGUUCGAAGAUUGGAUCGAUUAAUGUAAUUCUUUGGAUUUAGGUUUUCAUGCAAAGAUGAAAUUAGAUCAUUUGACA